AUGUUAAAAGGUGGAACCACUCCCAGUGCUGGAUGUGUACUUGUCGCCAAGAGAGCAAAUAUUCCCAUCCAUAUGAUGAUCAGACCCAGAGGAGGGGAUUUCUGCUAUAAUGAUGUCGAAUUCGAGUGUAUGAAAAUUGAUGUCGUGAAGGCUAAAGAGUACGGAGUUGCCGGUGUAGUAUUUGGUAUCCUGUUACCAGAUGGGACGAUUGACAAACCAAGAACCAAAGAACUAGUAACUCUGGCCAAACCACUGAACGUUACCAUUCACCGCGCCUUUGACAUGACACGAGAUGCGUUCGAGGCACUCGAAGACUUAAUCGCAAUUGGACUUCCACUUCUCAAAAUGCUAGUAGAGGCUGCUCGAGGCAGAAUAAGUAUCCUGCCAGGUGGAGGGAUAACUCCAAGAAAUCUGUCGAGGAUAUUGAGUCAAGUGCCAUUCCCGGAAGUUCACAUGGCACUUCCGAGUUCAGUGGACUCCAAAAUGGUCUUUCGCAAUGGAGCUGUCUUUAUGGGUGUUGCUAUAACUACUCCAGAGUACGCCAUUCCGAAAACUGAUCCAAAACUAGUCAAGAAUGUCACUCGAGUUUUGCAUGGUAAAUUGUAA